GCUGCUUUCUUCGCAUCUGUUGCUGGUGGAGAAAGCGAAGCAAAAGCUCUGUUGAAGUGGAGGGAUAGCUUUAAUGAACAAAGCAAAGGCACGUUGUCCUCUUGGAAGAACGAUACUUCUCCUUGCAAACAAUUCUGGAUGGGAAUUUCUUGUGAUAAAUCCCUGUCGGUGAUCAACAUAAGUCUCCCAAAUCUUAGGCUUAAUGGUACACUUUCCAGUCUCAACUUCGCUUCCUUUCCUAAUCUCCUCUACUUUAACAUACAGAACAACCAAUUUCAUGGAAAUAUUCCCCACGAAAUUGGUCAUUUGUCCAGUAUUUUGUGGUUGCGUUUGUCAGGUAAUCCAUUAAUUAGGGGUUCCAUUCCUCCUGAAAUUUGGAAUCUAACCACUCUAACUUGUCUUGAUCUUACGACAUGUAAACUCACUGGACAAAUUCCCCAAGAAAUUGGGAAUUUGAGGAAUUUGAGUUGCCUAUGGCUUGCAAACAAUUCCUUUUUUGGUCCCAUUCCUGAAGAGAUUGGAAUGUUAAGCAAUCUUGUAUAUAUUGAUUUGGCGGAGAACUCUCUAUCAGGGAGAAUCCCAUCAUCAAUUGGAAACUUGACCAUGUUACAAAUACUGUUUCUUGACAAGAACAAUCUCGCGGGUCCUAUUCCUACUGAAUUCUGGAAACUCUAUUCUCUCAAUAACAUUCAGUUAUAUGAAAAUAGUCUUUCAGGGCCAAUCUCUCCCUAUGUAGGAAACCUAACCAAUCUCAAAAAAUUUUCCUUUUCUGAUAACAGAUUCUUUGGUCCAAUUCCUCCAUCCAUAGGCAACUUGAUCAAUGUAGAGGAGUUUUACCUUUCAAACAACAAGCUUUUAGGAUUUAUUCCUCCCACUAUAGGAAAUAUGACAAAGCUCACCGCUGUGUUCUUGGACAACAACAGCUUUAGUGGUCAACUUCCACGAGAAAUGAAUAACUUGACUAGUUGGUAUAACAUACAACUGAGUUAUAAUCAUCUCAGUGGUCCUUUGCCACAAAGUAUUUGCCAAAGUGGGCAGUUGUUUAGGCUUGCUGCUAAUGAUAACCAUUUUACUGGUCCUAUUCCAACUAGUUUGAAGAAUUGUUCUAGUCUACAAAGACUCAAGCUUGAUAAUAACCAAAUAGAUGAAAAUAUAACAGAUGCUUUUGGAGUGUAUCCUCAUUUAUACCACAUCAAUCUAAGUGGAAAUCAAUUGUAUGGCCACCUUUCAUCAAGGUGGGGUAAGUGUCAAAAUCUUACACAAUUGAUUAUUCACAAUAAUAGGCUGUCUGGUGGUAUACCACCAGAACUAGGAGAUGCAGCUAAGCUUGGUUUACUUAACUUGUCCUCAAAUCAUUUGUCUGGACCAAUUCCCAAAACACUAGGGAAGUUGGUCAAGCUAGCAGAACUCUCUUUGAGUCACAAUAACUUCUCUGGUAAUGUCCUCUCAAGUAUAAGAUCACUUAGUCAACUUCAAACUUUGGAGUUGGCAGCAAAUAAAUUUAAUGGCUCAAUCACAAGAGAGCUUGGGGAAUUAACCAGAUUGAAGUUCUUGAACUUGAGCAAAAACAAAUUUGCUGGAAGCAUUCCCCCUGAGUUUGGUGAACUCCAAGACCUUGAACAUCUUGAUCUUAGUGACAAUUUGCUAGUUGGAACUAUACCAUCUGGGCUUGGAAUGUUAUCCAACUUGCAAGUAUUGAACCUCUCACAUAAUAAUCUCACCGGCACCAUUCCUUCAAGUUUAAAUAGACCAAUGUCAGCUUUGUCUACAGUUGACAUAUCAUAUAAUCAAUUAAUAGGCCCCGUUCCAAACAAACAAGCCUUUCACAACUUUGAUGCUUUAAGGAACAAUAAAGGUUUGUGCGGUAACAUCAAUGGUUUAAGUCCCUGUGGUGAUCGUCAAACAAAUGGACACGGGCAUAAGAGCAAAAAGUUCCUGACAAUAUUCCUCCCAUUGGCCAUACUGCUAUUAGUAUUUGUUGGAGCAUCUUUCAUUUUUUCUCGAAUAGCAGCAAAAGCAAAAGCAAAAGGCAAAGAGGGAGAAAAUCCAACUGAAGAUGUUUAUUUUGUAUGGAGUCUCGAAAGAGAAAUACUGUAUGAAGAUAUCAUUGAAGCCACAAAAGAAUUUGAUGAAAGAUAUCUGGUCGGGAAAGGAGGCCAAGGAAGUGUUUAUAGGGCUGAGUUGCCUACAGGUGAUGUUGUCGCUGUAAAGAAGCUUCAUUCAAUGCCAAGUGGAGAUAUUUCCAACCAAAAAGCCUUUACAAGUGAGAUUCAAGCCUUGACAGAAAUCAAACAUCACAACAUUGUGAAAUUGUAUGGGUUUUAUUCCAAUUCACAAUUCUCCUUUUUGGUUUAUGAGUUCUUGGAUGGUGGCAGCUUGGAUGACAUAUUAAAGAAUCAAAAUCAAGCCACUGAAUUUGAAUGGAAUAAGAGGGUAAAUGUUGUUAAAGGUGUGGCUAAUGCUUUAUUCCAUAUGCAUCAUGGUUGUUCAAUCCCUAUUGUGCAUCGUGACAUAUCAAGCAAGAACAUUCUUCUAACUUCUGAUUUUGAGGAAGCUCGCAUCAUUGACUUUGGAACAGCGAAGUUUUUGAAUCCUAACUCAAACAAUAUAACCACAUUUGCUGGCACAUUUGGGUAUGCUGCUCCAGAGAUUGCUUUUAUUAUGAAAGCAAAUGAAAAAUGUGAUGUUUAUAGCUUUGGCGUGUUAACUCUAGAAAUCAUUAUGGGGGAACAUCCAGCUAAGCUUAUUUCAUCUUUGGCGGAGAAUUCAACCAAUAAUGACAUGUUGUUAAAGGAUGUGUUGGACCCACGACUAUCUCCACUGACAAAACCAAUCCUAGAUGAUGUGAUUUUAGUUGCAAAAAUAGCUUUUUGUUGCUUGAAUGAGACUCCUCAAUCUCGUCCAACCAUGGAACAAGUAUCUGUGGAACUAGCAAGGACACCAAAAUCUUAUAUAGAGGAUCAAUUUCACACCAUCACAAUCGGGGAACUAAUGACGGAUUGAACCUCAUUUGCUAGUGUGUCUGCUUGCAUAAAGUGCUGCACUUGACAUUUUACUGUAAAUAUUUGAAGUCUAUGAUUUUUGUAUCAUAUGCAUAUGAU